ACUCAGCUCCUGCCAGAUUCGGGGUAUAGGCUACUCCCCCCACCAGAUGACUGUCAGUGCGCAUUUCCUACUGGAAAGAGGCAGCGAGAAGUAAACGGAGGAGACCGACAGGGGAAGAGAGAGUGUGUGUGAGGGAGAGAAGGAGAGAGAGAUAGAGAGAGAGGGAGUCCAGCGGAGAGGCAACUUCACCCGGGGGUUUAUCACCGCGCGCUGCCGGAGACGAGAGGUCGCUUCCGAGCGCAGCAUGAGCGAGCUGGUUAGAAAGUGACCGCGGACCGAGCAUCUGACUGAGGCGCCUGUCGGCUGAUGGACUGCUGGAGAGCCCAGUGACAGGUGAAGGGAGCCGGAGGGAGAAGACACAGCGGAGGAAAGUUACCAACUAUGGAGAUGCUCUGUUGACUGACACUUUACGCACUGCUCGGACCAUCCAGAAUCAUUUCCUUGGACUGGAUUUUUAUUACAGACGAAUCCCAGUGCGCUUGUCCGUCCGGUGAUACUCCAGUGCCGCGGUGGAUCACCACCAGCCCAGUCGCGUAUAUAGACGGAGCGAGCGGAUCCUUCCACGCAACAACAACAAAAAAAAAAACAAUCAGCGGCCAGAGCAACUAAAAUGCCUGCGUUAUACCUCAUCUUUUGCCUUAUGGCCACAGCAGCCACCCAAGCAGCCUACUUCUCCCAGCAGCCCCAGGACCAGGUGGUUGUGUCCGGUCAGUCAGUGACUCUGCCUUGUGUGAUCGUGGGUUACCGGGGAAUGGUACAGUGGACCAAAGAUGGCCUUGCACUGGGAGGAGAAAGAGACCUUCCAGGUUGGAUGCGCUAUUCCUUAAUGGGCGACCCGCUAUCAGGCGAGCACAGCUUGCUGAUCGAUUCGGCAGAGUUGGCGGAUGACGCGGUGUAUGAGUGUCAGGCUACACAGGCAGGACUGCGCUCCCACCGUGCCAAGCUCACUGUACUAGUUCCUCCUUCAGACCCCUUGGUGGAGGGCGGCCCCAUUGUGCGUCUUAAAGCCUACACGCCAUACAACCUCACCUGCAGAGCCUCGGGAGCCAAACCUGCUGCGGAGAUCACCUGGUACAGAGAUGGGGAGGUUAUGGACACUGCGAUUUAUUCCAAGACGCCGAUGGAGGAUGGGAAGAGGGAGACGGCUGUCAGUAUGCUUCCAAUCAUCCCAGAGGAUAGCGACUCCGGCCGCACCUACACCUGCAGGGUUCUGAACGCAGCUGCUCCCGCUGGACGACAAACAUCGAUCACCAUCAAUGUCCAGCACCCCCCCUCCGUGACGCUGUCGGUCCAGCCUCAGACCGUGACCGAGGGAGCCAAGGUUCUCUUCAUCUGCUCCGCUUCGGCCAAUCCUGAAAUCACUGGCUACAGAUGGUCGAAAGGAGGAGUUCCCAUCUCCGAGGCAAAUGGGGACAGCCUGGAGGUGACGGUGGACUACUCUUACUUCACAGACCCCGUCUCCUGUGAGGUGUCCAACUCUGUGGGCAGCACCAACGUCAGCACCCUGGUCGAUGUCCAAUUUGGCCCCAGACUGCUGUCGGAGCCAAAGCCAAUGACAGUGGAUAUCGGGAUGGAUGCAUCUUUUACUUGUGCGUGGACUGGAAACCCUCCUCUGACCCUGGCGUGGACCAAGCAGGGCUCCAGCGUGGUGCUCAGUAAUGGUAACACCUUGCAGCUGAAGGAUGUUACCCAGGAAGAUGCUGGAACAUACACCUGCAAGGCCAUCGUACCCCGGAUUGGAGUUGCUGAAAGAGACGUCACUUUAACUGUGAAUGGUCCACCUAUCAUCACAGCGGACGCCACGCAGCACGCUGUGAAGCACUCCAAGGGCAAGCUGGAGUGCCGGGUGGAGAGCAGCCCCCCUCCUGAAAAGAUUGUGUGGACCUUUGGAGACAUGGACCUGUCCUCUGGUUCCUCCGGUCGUUACUCAGUGCAGACGGUUACCAGCGACCACGGCGUCCUGUCUUCUCUGGUGCUGUCUGAGAUUCUGGCGCAGGACUUCCAGCUGCGCUACAACUGCACUGCUUGGAACCGCUUCGGCACCGGCACCGCCCUGGUCACACUGAAGGAACAAGAAGCCUUGCCUAUGUUGAUAAUUGUUGGUGGAGCAGUGGGUGGAGGCUGUGUCCUGCUCAUCUGUGUCAUCACCCUGGUCUCCCUCUGCUGCAGGCACACAGGCAAAGGUGAGCUCAACGGUAAAAGAUGCACUCGUCUUUCCAAGAGUGACAUCAGAGUUCAAAUCGUUCACAGUGAUCACAACGCUACACGUGGCAACGAUGACGAGGAGGAUGUCAAAGAGCCAAUGAAAUGCUUGGUCUUCCCUCAGGCUCCAAACAGCAGCGAGUCUCCUGGGACGUCGCGAACAGAACACAGUGACCUUCUGGAGGAGGAGGAGGAUGAACGAUCGGACAUCAAGGACCCCACCAACGGCUACUACAAUGUCCGCGGCCAUGAAGACCGCAACAUCCGUGGCAGUGGCUUCUCUGAGUUUGUGCCCAACACUCGCCCAGUCUACACUCCAUCGCAGCUGCCCUCCCCCAGCCCCAUGUAUGGUCAGCAUGGCACACAGCCUCGAGUCUACGACUUCUCCCACCGAUACGCAACCACCACUGCAGGCAGAACCUCAUAUGAACAGCAGCAAGCUGCCCAGCAGCAGCCUGCGCAGGCGACCAGCAUUUAUCCCACUGACCCGCUCUACAGUGGCUCUGCCUACUUACCCGCUACCUAUGGUCGCGCCUUCACCAGCUACGUCAAACCUGCUUCCUAUGAGAAGGUGGAUGCGUAUGACCAAUCAGAUCAGGCCAGCAAGGUGUCCAGCUCGUCUCGCUUCUCUUAUGCCUCGUCACAAGUGUCCUCCCAGCAGUCCGACUAUGGCCGGCCCUCACAACGUAUGCAGACUCAUGUCUGACGGACAAAAAAGAAAAACGAAGAAAAGAAGAUUACGGGAGCAGCGAGUAGAUAACUAUUGUCACCUCCACAUAAUGUAUGUGUGUGGCAGGACUAACAUGAACAGACACUUUCUUUACUUGGACGGUCCUUGAAGGACGUGUUUGGACAGUAUUUUUGGAGGCAGUUGUGUGAUUUCGGUUAUGGGAUAACCAACCUGUUGUGACUGAUGGCAGGAUCUACAAUAAUGCAAACUGUAGAGCUGCUGAGCUGGAGAAUUCAGCAGAUUGUGGUGUUCCAGUCAAACUUCUGAUUCCAGUGUGAUACCUCGACAGGUUAUCUGUGUGACAACUCAAACCUGUGGAGAUAUUCAGUCAGUGCGAGGGCCAACUAGAAAAUAAAUCAAAUGAAUAUGGGUGGCCAAAACGACUGGGGUAGCCGGUUACCUGCAUUCCAGAGUUUACUUUGUGUCAACACAAAAACAGGACCUCGAAAAUACUUUGAACGAAGAUAUGACCAUCUAAGACAUAUUUGAAGAAAAAACAGAUACGAACAAGCUAUUUUUGUCUCUCAUUCAGUGUUUUGUUGGCAUGCGAUAGGAGUUCUAAGCACAUUUGUGUCUCGAUCAUCAACAAAAGACUGAGCUGUACACAGAGACAGACAUAAACUAUUCUGCACAACAGGCUAGCUCUACUGACCAACAAGUGCUACAGGCACUGUACGAAAGAAGAGUCGAAUCAUCGGUGGAAUACUUCUGACCUGAGCUGUAUUCCUGGAGCUUCCUCCGAUGAUAACCCCUAACAAGUCGUGUUGCUUACCGGUGGAUAGAAGGAGAUGUGAUGAGAAUGUGUAUUUUAGCCUUCGUUCUCAUGAAGGACUGUAUGUUAACUGUGUGUUGUACCAAGAUGGACAAGGUUAGGCCAUGAAAACCCAAAGAUGGUGAUAACUGUACAGAGGGGGAAACGGGGGUGGGGGGCAGAAAACCGCUGUCCGACUCCGAAUACUGUUUUCUGCUGUAUUUUUCGAUUGUAAAAUGAUGAGUCGGCUUUUACCAGAACAAUCAAAAGCGGCGGUUUUGAAAAUGGCGGCAAUCUUGAACUUGAAAUAAGCUUGAAAAUAAAUGCAGCGUCUUCGGCAGGCUCAGGUGGAGGGGGUAAGACGUGCAAGGCAGUCCUGGUGUGGACCACACACUCUCAAAAGUUUUACAACUCAAUCAAAUUGUCUCAAGAUGUUUACAAGAAACAGUACUACCCUGAAACAUGAAGUAUCUGUACAAAUGGCUGAGCCCAUACUUUCUCUCUGUUGCAUGCAAAUGAUGUGUCUAGUGAAAAUCUUCAGCGUUAAUAUUCAUGUCCAUUUCAUGUUUGACACAUUGGUUUGUGCACCUGGCCCAGUUGCAUUCCUCUUCCUGGAUGUUUCAGUAUGAAUGCCUGUACUGCCAUUUGUCGACAAAGCUGUUACCAGGCAGCCUGAUGAGAGAGCAAAUGUCUACUUCAGAGUGAAGAGGCAAACAUCAUCGCUUGUCUUUAUUUUUAUAUUUUAUAUAAGCCUUAAUGUACAGCGUGUAAGCUGCUCUAUUGUAAAGUAUCUUUAUAUACAUGUCUUUAUCUUGGUUGAUUUAUUUGGCACCAUGGAUUUUCCUCUCCGAGUUGUUCAUCAAUCAUUGAAUGCAGUUACUAUGCUUUUUCUUGGAACACGACUAAUUGCCAUUUGUUUGUUUAUUCUUUUAAUAAUGUAUUCAGAAUUUUAUUUGCUAAAAAGGAGCUAUCGUUGCUUGUACCUUUGUACACAUAUUUAUAUUUAAAUAAAACCAUUUCCGAUAAAGA